AUGGUGUACCAUCAAGCUCAAACUCCGCUGGCAACGCCACCCUUCACCGGCAACGCCACCUCCUACACGGCCGCCGACACCUGCACCGGCACCGACUCCGCCGGCAACGCCACCGUGAGCAGCUCCGCCGACACCAGCUCCUGCACCGACCCCGCCAGCAACGCCACCGCCGACGUGACCGCCGACUCCAGCUCCACCGGCAACGCCACCUCCUACACGGCCGCCGACACCUGCACCGGCACCGACUCCGCCGGCAACGCCACCUGUUUUCACCUGCUGCGUUUGUCGUCGGAGACGGCGUCGCACAAGGAGUUGGGGGUGGAGUAG